CACGUGUAGAGUUUACUACGGCGUGUGUUGCAUUUAAAAUUUAAUUUUACCCCGAAAGAAAACACUUAGUUGCCGAAUUCAAGAUGGUAAAAGUGCAGAAACCACAGCCAAAGUCGCUCACCAAGAGCAACAGCAUCGAGGGCGUGGGCAAGAAGAAGGGCAAGCAGGAAAAGACCAAGAAACUGCCCGAAGAAGCCGUCGUUGCGGUCGCCGCCACCGCGAAAAAGUUAAAGAACGUUUCCAAGCCAAUCGAGGCGAAGCCCAAGAAGGACCAGAAGAAGCCAGCGGCGAAACCAGCUGCAGAGAAGAAGCAGCAAGCCAAGGCGGCCAAGCGGCCACUUAUCCUGGCCCCUGCACAAUCGCCCUCUCCGGCUCCUGCAGUGACCAAAAAGUCAAAAGUAAAGGCUGCUGUUCCCCCAAAGACAGAGUCUGCGAAGAGGGCCCUGAUCCUGGCUCCUCCCGAGUCGCCAGUAGUGCCUAAAAAACAAGGCAAGUCCAAGACGGCUGCUCCUGCUCCUGCUGCUGAUAAAAAAGAAAAAAAGGCCAAAAAGGCCGUUGAAGCCGAGGCUCCUUCAGCGAAAAAGUCGGCUCCAGCUAAGAAAUCAGUUGCAGUGACUCCUCCCGCAGCAAAGACGCCGGCUGCGGUACCUCCCCCAGCUAAGAAAUCACCUGCAGUAGCUCCUCCAGCUAAAAAAUCAGCUGCUCCAGCAAAGAAGUCAGCUGCAGUUGCUCCUCCCGCAGCCAAGAAGCCAGCUGCAGUUGUUCCUUCCGAAAAGAAGUCCCAGAAACCGGCUGCAGCGGAAUUAACUAAGAAGACCCAGCAGCCCGCCAAGCCAGCUGCUUCGCUUCAAAAGAAGGCAAAGUCAGUACAGAAGAUAUCCAAGCCCGCCAAGGCGCCCAAAGGAAAGAGAAGCAUCAACAAGAAUAACACAGCCGCCAAGGGCAAGCCCGUCCGCAAGGAGCCGGUUAAGACCAAGAAGCCUGUCGAGCUGACCUUUGAACUGAAGUCCUUCGACGAGGACAGGUACAAUGAGAUCGUUAGCGAGGCCAAUGUAACGAAGAUCAGCGAGGCGCUGAAGACGCUUGUGGAAGGCGAGGUAGCCAAGAAGAAGGCCACUUCGAUCUUCACCGACUACCGCUACAUGCUGCAGGUGGCCAGCUACAAGAUUGCCAGCUGUCCCAAGCGUGUGGCCAAGCUGGCAUUGAAGCAUUCGCUGGUCAGCAGUGACGACGACGUGGCCAUUAUUGUGCCGGACUUGCAGAGAGGUGCCAAGUUUGACUUUGAGCCAACCAAGCAGCAUUACGAGGAUUUGUUCCGUGAGGCGGGAGUGGAGCAGCGCCUCACCAUCGUACCAUUCAACCAGCUGCGCAACGAGAUGGGCACCUUCGAGGCCAAGCGCAAGUUCCUGAACAGUUACGACUACCUGCUCUGCGAUGGUCGCCUAUCUGGCCAGGCCACCGCCUUUCUGGGCAAGUUCACCCAAAAGCCGCGGAAUGUACUCCACGCUGUUCGUCUAAGCCUAGAGACUGACCAGCUAGCAGAGGAGGUGGCCCGCGCUCUUAAACGAACCGCUUACCGGCAGCUGGCGAAGGGCGAUCUGACGUCCAUUCCAGUGGGCAACCAUCAGCACAGCGCCGAACAACUCGCGGAGAACAUUCUUCUUGUGAGCAAGCAGCUGCAGAAGCACUUUCCCGGGGGCCUGGCCAACAUUAGGUCGCUGUACCUCAAGAUCGACAUUGUGGGAACUUCGGCGCUGCCGCUGUACGUCAGCAUGUGUGCUCCGCCAGCGGACACGCCAUAUGUGGUGGGACCACGGGAGCAACGCAUGCUCAAGCUGAAGAAGCAGGCUAACGAGGUACUUUCCCGGUUCGCUAUGACAAAGGAUGCCGAGUUCGUGAAGUUAACCCCGGAUCAGGUGAAGCGCAAGGCCGAAUUGAAGAAGGAAAAGGCGGCUCUGCUGGCAGCGGAUGCUGCUCCAAAGGAUAACGAUGGCGAGGACACCGCUGUGCCCACGAAAAAGGCGCGCAAGGAGUCGAACAGUGAGGCCGCCAAGGCCGAUGAAGUCGACUCCGAUGAAGAGGAUGCCGAGGAGGCGGCGGGUGAGGACGAAAGCGGUGAGGAUGGAGAUGAUACAGAUGACGACGAUAUAGAUGGAGAAGAUGAUGAUGAUGACGACGAAGAGGAAGACGAUGACGAAGAGGAAGAUGACGAUGAGGACGAUGAUGAAGAUGAUGAGUAAUUUUGUCUAAGCCUAUUCCUCUCGAUUAGUUUUAGUUUUAUAUAUCUGAAAUACAUGCAAACGAAUUAUUCUAUUCCGUUUGCAAUUUUACAAACAGUUUUAAGUAAUAAAGAAAUGUUUUAAGUACGGAACAUAAA